CUCCCCGGCCGUGGGGCUUCCGCCCCCCGGCGGCGGCUGGCAGCGGCUGCUCCCGGCCCGCGGGGGGCUUGGGGGAGCCGCAGCGGCACCGAGAGGGGACUCGGGGCCCCGGGGAGGGCAAAGAGCCGGCGGCAAGAGCCUCGGGCGGUUUGUUCCCCCUGGCGGCAGAGUGCCCCCGAGCCUCCUCCGGACCUUUGGUUGGAUGGGAAGAACGAGGAUGGAGGAGCGGUGGUGGAAAGGGGAGCUGGCGGCAGACAUCCAUCAGACCCUGAGGACGAAGGAACUUAACCUACCUUUGUAUAAGGCCCAUUCACCACAGAUUGGGAUGCGCCGGUACUUCAUUGAUCUCUUGACCAUCCUCAGCAACCGUUGCAGCCUCUGCCCUACAGCCCGGCAUCUCGCUGUCUACUUACUGGACCUCUUCAUGGAUCGCUACAAUAUCAGUGUCAAGCAACUGUACAUCACUGCAUUUGCCUGUCUUCUCCUAGCAAGUAAAUUUGAAGAAAAAGAAGAUAAAGUUCCAAAGUUGGAGCACUUAAAUAACCUAGCAUACAUGUGCAAUGUGAACGUGGUGUUGAAUAAGAAAGAUUUGCUUAGAAUGGAAAUGCUGCUUUUGGAAAACUUCAACUGGAAUCUGUGUUUACCCACGCCAGCACACUACAUUGACUACUACCUCGAUGUGUCCAUUGACGGGAAUGACCUUCGCGACAGCUGGCCAACCAACUCGGUGACAAAAGUCAAAACUUUUAUGGAGAAAUAUGCAUAUUACUUCCUUGAUUUCUCAGUGCAAGAUCACACUUUCCUCCAUUUUCGUCCAUCUCUGAUUGCUGCAGCUUCUGUGUGUGCCUCACGGAUAUGUAUGCAGAUUUCUCCUGCCUGGACAACCCAGCUUGAAUUGCUAACAAGCUAUUCCUGGGAGCAUCUUGCCCAAUGCAUUGAAAUGAUGCUCAUAUAUUAUGAGAAUGACAAAGAAAUCAAUAACAUAAAGAAGCAAGUAACAAUCCAACAUCAGCAACAGGAAGGAAUGGAAAAUCUGAGCCAUCAAGCCACUACUCAAGUUCUAUUUCAGCAACCUAGUUACCACCCUUUAGCUCAGCAUUCGGCUACUCUUGCCCAGUUGCCAGUGCAAGAUUUGUGCUCUACUUACCGUGACUCCUUACAGGUGCACAGGCCUAGUGGUCUGCUUGCUGGGAGUGCUGACAGCUCAUUGCACUCCUACGCUGCUCUUCAGGCCAGCUUUCAGCCGUCUGCUCAGACUCUGCACAUCCAAACGCCUCUUGCUAUGCAGGUGACCUUAGGAACAGAGCCCAGCCACUGCAGUUCCAUGGCUUAUGGUAGCAGUUAUUUCACUGGUUGUCACUCAUAUGCAGCCGGGUGUUUUGAUGGAUGAAUAUGUAUUGGUGGGGGGAAAAGGUGAUAUGAAUAGAAGCUGAAGAAAAGACCCUGUGAGUGAUUCAAGAUGCGUAUCUGAAUGAGAACCAUGAAGGAACAGAAUCUUUGACUCGCUCAUCCACAGGACAUCAGUGUGGAUCCACUGAUCACUGGAACCUGCCAAGGAUUGUACCUUUGGCUCUUAAUGAGAGAGAAACAGAAAUGCAGUAACAUACCUCAUUUAAUCACCUUGAAAGGGAUGUGAAUAGAAACCCUGUGGAUGUUACUACCUUCUAGUCUUCAGUUAGUGACUCAGAGUUGGCUGAAAGCUCGUGUCGAAGUGUUAUUUCAGGCUGGAGUGUUUGUUGAAUUUCUGGCAAUGUACUUAGAGGAUGUUGUUGAAAACACGGAGUGUUCUCUCUCUCCCUCUCCUAGGGACAUCUCUUUUGAACAGUGGCAGCUAAUACCACUGGAAGCUUCUACUAAAAUUAUACUAAAACAGUUAUCACUUAAAUGUGAAUGCUCUUUGUUUCUGCAGAAAUUGAUUUGUCACUUUCCAUUUUCUUUGACCUGGAGUGAUAGUUCAGGAGUGAGGCUUUAUAGA